AGCUCAUCACACAGAGAGGCUGAUGGGCCACCUGCAAAGAGGAGGAAACGCGAAAAAAGCAGCCAAGAACCAGAACUAGGAGUACUCCCAUGUGGGAAUGGAAACCUCACUGCUCUGGGAGACACACCGAAAGCAUCUGAUGGGGAUCAGGGGUCAAAGGAUCCAGGAGACAGCAGCCACCACGUCCCGAGCGAGGAGAAGAGCAGCGAGGCCGGCUGGGAGGAUCGCCCGCGGGCGCUGCUGCUGCUGGAGCACAGCGGCUUCUCGGAUGAGGACAGCAACCAGCCCCUGCCAGUGCACAGGUUCUUCGGGGACGUCGAGCCGCAUCUCCCAGCAGUUGUGCCCUCAAGCAGGACCAUGAGCAGGAGAGAAGUCAGGAAGCUCCAUUUCAUGGCAAAGGAAGAUGAGGAGGAGGAAGAGGAUGUUGUCUAA